UGUAAUUGUCCCAUGAGAAAAUUUUACUUCACCCAAAAAUCUAAAAAAUAAUAGCCACAAUGAUUUGUUCAAUACAAAAUUUACAUUGAAAGUAUUAUAAUCAUAAAAUUCGUAACAUCGUAACAAAUACUUGAAGAAUAAUCAGCCAUGUUUAAGGACGAUGAUGAGGAAGAAGAAAACACCUUCGGUGUCACGAGAUACCCUUGCAUGCCAUCCCUGGUGGCUCUACAGCAGAUGAGGAACAGGUUACAUUUGGCCUUUCUGGGCAGGAAGCUUAUGAAAUGGACCGCUCUCGCCACAGGAAGAGAAUUGCGAAGAUUAGCUGCGGAGUUAUAUGAAGUAUACCAAGGUUUUGGUGAAGAUCUACGUAACGCGUUCAUCCUGCUCGCUAGGAGUCGCUACUUCUAUCCGCAGUUGAACUACAUCGUGACGGAAGACAUUGGUAAAAAGGCCGGUGUCGUUGUUCAGCAGUCGGCGAAGACGGUAUCCGGCGUAAAGAUUGUCCAGUUUGAAAUAUUUGAAACGGAAUACCCGCCCUAUGCACAUCUAGGAAUAGAAAAAGGCGGACAAACGAUAUUGGAGACGAAGAAAGCCUGGCUCGACUUACUGAAGCGCUUGAUAAUGAUGAUGCAGCUUCGAGCCAGCUUCUUGAUGGUCGAACUAGCGAACAAGAAUGCAACCAAAAAGUCGAACGUGCUGGCCAAGAUUGUUAUACCGAGAUUGAACGUGACGUCAUACUAUAUCCUCGCAGAACUAGAAGAGAAGGAGAGAGAGGAAGUGUUCCGACUGAAAAGAGUGAAGCAGAAGAAGGACAUGGAAAAGAAAUUGGACGAAGAUAGAAGAAGACAAGUCGUAGCCGACGAGGGCAAUAAACUUAAACCCGCACCAAGUAGAAGCAGAGAACAGGUGCCAAGCAGGACUAGGAGCAAGGAAAGUGGUUCUCUAGCUGUUAUCAAGAAAGAAGAUAACUGAGAAAUGUCUCUACAAUAGUGAACAUCUUAACAGUACCGAUAUAAACAAUUGAGUUGUUAAAAACCAGUCCAUUUAACA